AUGAGCAGUCAUGCGGGACUUUCAAACUUAAAUAGAAAGCGUUCCUCUAGAAAUUUUGAUAAUUAUGAAUAUAUUUAUAUUCCAAGUGAAAAUGAAAGAACUGAAGAGGAAUAUGAGGAGCAAGAGGGAUUAAAGUGUUCAAAUACCGAAAUACUUCAACUUCCUUAUAUACAAAAUGCAAUUAAAAAUCAACAAUUGAAAAAAGAAGAAGAAUAUGAAGAAUCUCGUCAAUUAUUA